AUGUACGGUGGAUACGGUGGUGGAAUGUCUUCCAUGUAUGGCGGGUACGGUGGUGGAAUGCCUUCCAUGUAUGGCGGAUAUGGUAGUGGAAUGUCUUCCAUGUACGGAGGAUACGGUGGCGGAAUGUCUUCCAUGUAUGGCGGAUACGGUGGUGGAAUGUCUUCCAUGUAUGGCGGUGGAUUAGGUACUAUGGGAGGUAUGACGGGCGGCAUGCUUGGCGGCGGGAUGAUGGGUGGAAUGUCUGGUGGCGUGCUUGGUGCUGGAGCGUCGGGGGGUAUGCUUGGUGCUGGAGCGCCGGGGGGUAUGCUUGGUGCUGGAGCGUCGGGGGGCAUGGGAAACGGUAUGAUGGGAAACAAUGGCCAAGGCACCAAUAGUCUCCUUCCACCUCAGUCUGAUCAACCGCAGCUCACAAUCCCCGGAAAACCUGCCGUUGAAGAAUCACCGAGAGAGCGCCGUGCACGUCGCCGUCAGGAGCGCCGACAGGAAAAAGAAGCACUUGAAAAACACCGACAACAAAAAAAACAGUUUGCUAUCCAUUCGACAGUCGAGGUCGUCGGCCACGUACUUCAAAUAUUAAUUCAAAUAAUGCGUUCGGGGCUUGAGCUUUUUGGUGUUGCAUUUGGAACAUUUUACAGCAUCAAGGCCCUGAAGGCUCUCAUCAAGAGCCAGGAGAAUGCCAUGCCACGCGCAGUCGCACGGGAAGCCCCUGCCAAGGCUGCAGAAAAAGCGGUGUGUGGGAGUGGCGCGCCAUCAUCCUGGACUUCAAAAUGGAAGUCAUAUGUUCUAAUUUCUGCCCUCUUCCUACUAAUGGAAACACUCUACCGCAUGCGGCAGCGUUCCCAUGAAAUGCGCGCACCGCGUUCAAUCGCUAACAAAGUGCGUGACGUCCUUACCACCGAUGAUGAGGAGGAUUUGGAAGGUAGCCUGCUGCUGAGCGAGGAGAACAGCGACGAUGAUGCGUCUUCGGCUUAUUCUACAGAGUCCGCGGCACUGCUGGAGUUUGGGGCGCACGGAAAGAAUAACCAAACCAAGCGAAUCUUUGUUGCCAUGUUCGACUAUGAAUCUCCAGAGAAGGAGGGCUUCUUCGGCUUCAAAGUUGGGGACCGCUUUGUCAUUGAGGAGUACACAGAGAACGGUUGGUGUGAGGCGAUCCCUGUCGAUGGCCCCGAUCGGCUUUCGCGGAGAGGAUUCGUUCCCGGAAACUUUCUUCGACUUUUGGAAGGGGAAACCAAACUAUAA